UAACAAUUUGGGUGAAUUACUUCACACUAAACCGCUCCCUACUGGAUCUUUGAAAGUCUCGGUUGAUAUUGCUUUGGAGAAGGAUGCGUUAUUACCACAUCCUGACGAUGUUUCGGAUGCAACUUUAUUGGGAGAUGCCAUAGGUUCAUUUGUUGCAUGGCCGACAGACCUCAUUAUCGUAGGAUAUGAGACUCCCACAAAAUCCAAAGCAAAAGAUAAGGGGAUUGCGCGGGAAAUCGAGUCAGUUGCAUCGCAAAAAGAGAUUCCUGUUGCUAAGAAGACUGAAAUUUCCAAGAGGACCGGGGCUAAAAAGAAAAAUCCUUCCAAGUAUAGAGCGUGCCUCCAUACAUAUUUAGAAACGACAGAUAUUUCGGAUGGAUGUGUUCGUUUAAUACCUAUGGAUGGAGCUAUUUUUGGUUUUGAGUAUGCCGAGCCAUUGGGUAAAGAGGAUUUUGAUCAAAUUUUGUAUCAUACGCAAUUAAGCGUUGGUGUUAUCAACACAUACAUGAGGUAUUUAUAUGACAAAUUGAUGGGUCCGCGUGGGUUGGAGCAAAGAUUCUCAUUCUUAAAUCCCAUGAAAACGAACUUAACCGAAAUGAUAAGAAAACCAGAUGAAGUCAGGACGUAUGUAGUCGAGCGCUUUAUGGCCGACACAGAUAGAGAAAAGUUGUUCUUUUUACCGUUUAAUACCGGCGACGGUGGACAUUGGUUGUUGGUCGCGAUAAAUCCUUUUAAAGAAAUUGUGUAUUAUUUGGAUUCUUUACACAAUGAUUGGACAACAUACCCUGCUAUGAAGACGAUAGUUGACACGUAAGUGCAAAUAACCCAAUAUUCGUGUGUAUACUUAUUUAUUUAU